AUGGCAAAUAAUAUCCAGACAAAGUUGAAGAAUUAUAAGGCUGAGCCUUUUGAUGCCAGGUUUCCCAACAAAAACCAAACCUGGAACUGCUUCAAAAGUUACCUGGACUUCCAUUGCUGUACUAAAGCACUAACUUCAAAAGGUGCUGAUACUACUUCAUGCGAGAAGUAUCACAGGAUGUACAAGUCACUUUGCCCAAUUUCAUGGAUAAACAAAUGGAAUGAUCAGUUGGAAGAGGGCACUUUUCCUGGGAAAAUCUGA